UGAAAACGUUCAAUAGAUCCAGUUGAAUAUUGUCCAUUAAAAGUCUCCAUGAUUUAGUAUUGACACAAACAAUCUAUAAUCGAUUUCAACAAUUUCAUCAUGUCAGACGUACGAAUAACACUGAACCCAAAUCAGGCAUCGAAAAUGCUUGAAGUUUUGUCAGCAUUUUCCAGCUUUAAAAGGCCAACAGACUUACCAGAUCAUCUACGACUAUCUAAAGAACAAAUCAAAAGGAUAAGAAAAUGGCAAAAAAUGGCGUUCGAGAAUGCGGAGAAUCCAUCAUUUUCGAGGACAAACAAAUUAACAGCUGGAGCUUAUAAAAUCUUCCAAGACAAACAUCUACUCAGUGAAGAUGAUGAGAAAGCAAGUCAAGAGGAAUCGGAAGACUCUGAUGAAGAUUUCGAUGGCGAUUUUAGCCAUCUGUUUGAUGGUUUAGUAGGACCUAACGGAAAAGUAAAUCUGACUACAACACCUGGAGGCAAACCCAAAGUUGACAAAGACACCCCUCCAGAAAUAAUCCCCAUGAUGACGAGUAUGGUCAAUAAGAAUUUGAUGUACGCACCAACCAAAGCUAACGCAGAAGCACUCGAAGAAUGGAUCGGGGAAAAUAGACACACAAUCAGUGCGAAAGAAACAAUAAGAAGAGAAAAACAGUUAGAAGUCAUGAAACACAUUUUAAAGUUGUAUGAUGAAGAGAAAGAAGGUGAAAGUCGUAAAAUCUCAGAAGAAAGGAAAAUGAAAAUUUUAGAACUCAAUGCCGCAUUUGACGAACUUGGAGAUUUGCCACCUGAAGUUGAAAAAAAAUCUAAAGAGUUCUACAAGGAAGCCGAUUUUAACACACUUAUCCCGGGUAUGAUGGAAACAUUACAAGGUACAAUGUCAUCAUUAUUUAUGGGACUUGGAAAGUCCUUGAACGGACAAAAUACACCAGGGAAAAAGGGAGGAGAGGAAGAAUGUGCAGUUAUGUAAAAGAAAAAGAAAUGAAGCAUUUUGUGUAUCUAUUUUCUCCUGCAUUUAUUAUAUUUGAUACUGACAUUUUACCUUUGAAAGGGGAACAGCAAAGUCUAUUAUUAUGUUUUUCCCGAGGAGAGUCUCACAUAUUCAGAGGUUGUUUUGUACCAUUUUAUCAUACAUAAUUUAUAUAUUAAAUUUUUGUUAUUAA